CUGCAGCAAAAUUUUUGUGCAUCGGAAUGAUUGGGAAGUGGUCGAAGUGCUCCACACCACACCGCAACGAAUGAGACCUUCAAUGCCUGCCUCUCCUGUCGCGCAUGCGCAUCACGAAAGAUAAGUAGAGCUCCCCGCUGCUUUCAUACCUCACAUUCCCCUCUGCGAUCUUCCAUUCCUGUCCACCAUUUCAAUCUCAAUCAUCAUGGACUUCAGGAAUCCCUUUGCCAGCAAUGGCAUCAAACCCUCCACCACACCGAUCAUUGUGUCCCUCGCCGAAGACAUUCUGCACUGGGCCCACAUCAUAGCAGAUCACUUCUCCGACAACAACCUACCCCAGCCGUCUUUCGCCCUCGACGGCCCAGAUGACUACCCCACCAACCUUCCCAUCAACGUCCAAGACGCCCGAAUCCAGCUCCGAGCAGCCACAUCCUUCCUCGCAGCCCUCGCCGCCGGACCGAAAGCAAACAUCAUGUGGACCGUGUGGAACUACCACGACAUCUCCACCCUCAUGUACAUCAACCACUUCCGCAUCGCCGACGCCGUCCCUCUAACCGGCAGCAUCUCCUUCGCCGAUGUCGCCGCAGCGACGAAAACGCCGGAGUCCCAACUCAAGCGUAUCCUGCGCUACGCAGCCCUCAACCACAUCUUCGCUGAGCCGGAGCCAGGUCGCGUUGCGCACACCCCGGCCUCCCGCCAGCUCGUCACCUCUCAGCAUGUUCAGAGCUGGAUUGGAGUGCGGACGGAAGAGACGGGCCCCGCGUCUUUCAGCCUUGUAGCGGCGACAGAAAAGUGGGGCGGCGAUGCGAUGGAGCGAGAGCAGACGCCAUACAGCCUUGCGCACUGCGAUGGGAAGCUCUCUCGGUUCGACUACCUUGCUCUACCCGGGAACCAGCAUCGGGAAGCUCGAUUUGCGAACCUGAUGAGAGCGUUGCAGGCGACUGAGGGCUAUAAACUGGAUUACACGGUGCAGGGAUACAACUGGCAGGAUCUCGGAGACGGAGCCACGGUGGUCGACGUUGGAGGCAGUAUGGGAGCAACAGCGCAAGCCAUAGCGCAGGCGACAAACUUGAACUUCAUCGUGCAGGAUCUGCCAGGGGUGGUGGCAAAGGGACGCGAGGCGCUACCAGCGGAGUUCGCAUCACGCAUCGAAUUCAUGCCAUACGACUUCUUCGAGUCAACGCAGCCCGUCCCGGACGCCGCGGCGUACGUUUUCCGCCAAAUCUUCCAUGACUGGACGGACAAGUACGCCGCGCGAGCUCUCCGGAACACGGCGAGCAUCCUGCGAGCCGGCCAGAAGCUCAUCAUCGUCGACGUGGUCAUGCCGCCUCCGGGAUCCGUGAAUGCGCACAUUGAAACCCAGCUGCGGCGCUCGGAUAUGGAGAUGAUGGUGCAGUUUAAUGCGCUCGAACGGGAAGCGGCGGACUGGGAGGCAUUGAUUAAGAUGGCGGAUGAGCGGUUGGAGGUGACGAGUAUUAGCAAGCCGCCUGGCAGCCACAAUAGUAUUGUUGAGGUCGUGGUUGGUGCUGGAGGUUUGGCAAAGACUGUUGAGAAGAAGCCGUCUUUGACCUAUGGUCGGAGGGGCUCGCUGUUGUAUGCGGAUACGAGCGAGAUGGGUCCGAGCCGGAGGGAUUCUCUCACGUACGUCAACACGGUUGGGGCGGCGUAGGGCACUGGUCGGUUGAAUAAGUUGCCAGCAAC